ACCUUCAACUUUAUGAACUCGUACAGUUGUGAGCGUGAGAACAGAAGAGGACAGACUGAGAAUCACGAUGGACGAGUUCAAAUGGAUUCAAAUUUCUUUCAUCUUGUGACGGUGCUUCAGCUGACAGCAGCAGUAACUGGACUGUCUCCCCUCUACAAUGUCAGAGUUGGAGAUGACGUCACAUUGGCUUGUAGAAACAUGAUAGAAGAUCAGAGUGACUGUGACAGUACUACAUGGACCUGGACCAGUAGAUCAGCAAAAGCAGCAGUAGAGCUGAUUAACUCGGGCAGAUUGCUGAAAACACUGGAUUUAAAUCAGACAGACUGAGGGUGGGAGUGAACUGUACUCUGGUUAUAAAGAAGGUCACAGAGGAGGAUGCUGGUUAUUUUCUAUGUCAACAGUACAAAUCAGACAUAGAAAAGCCUCCAGAUGCUCCGGUGUAUCUGUCUGUUAUUUCCAUGACUGAGCAGAAGAACGGAGAUGAGGUGACAUUAAUCUGCUCUGUGUCGACGUUUGACGGGUGUAGACAAACAGUGAAGUGGCUGUUUCAGAAUAAAGAUGUUGAAGAACAUCGUCAAGGUGUGAGGACAUCAGACUCUCCCUGCACUGCCUCUGUGACCGUUCCGACUUAUCUUGAAAUCUACAAAUCAAGAUAUAAGUCACUGGAGUGUAAAGUGAGUGUUGGUGAAGGAGGGCAGCUGUUUCCCUUCAAACUUCAGCCCUCAGAUGAGAAUCCAGGUGAGGUCACUACAGCAACAAUCAAAUCAACAACACCAAAUGAAAAGAGCAAAACAGAAACCGACACAACAGAAACUGGAGUAAAUGAUUCUUCAAAACUAAACGUCCUUCCAGUUUGGCAGUGGGUGUUGAUCACCGUGGCUGUGUUGGUUGUAAUUGCGCUUGUUAUAAUUGUCGUGAAGAUCAUCAGAAGGAAGCGAACUGCAGGGAACAAGUCGCUGAGGGAUGACGGUGCUACUGCUCCUGAAGAUGGUGUUACCUACUCCUCCAUCAAGAUCAACGAGAAGAAAAAAGGUCAAGCCCAGGUCCAGAGGAAAAAAGAUGCUGAUGAAGGUGCUGAAGUGACCUACUCCACUUUGAAAGCUUCCUCAGCUGAUUCCAGCACUUAACUAGUUGUUAGCACUGUACGUUAGCAGCAGAUCCUUUGACUCCUGUAAGUCGUGAGAUGUGGCCUCCAUGAAUUGGACUUUGUGGUCCAGCACGUCUCGAGGAUGCUCGGAUGGAUUGUAAUCUGGGGAAUUUGGAGGCCAAGUCAACCCCUUGAACUCGUUUUGGUCCCCUGACAACCUUCUUACAUUUCUCCGGGGUCCAGUUCUGAUGCUCACAAUGCCCAUUGUAAGUAUUUUUGCCGGUGGACGAUGUCUGAAUGUCAAGGGCAACAUGUUCCCUCACUGCCUAAUAUAUAUCCCACCCAUUGACAUGUACCAAUGUCAUUCACUUCACCUGUCAGUGAUCGUAAAGUUAUGGCUGACUGAUGUAAAUAAGCGACAGCAAGUGUAAAUAAAUGUAUUAUAAUAUGGUGCAUUUUGUUUUCUAAACAGGCUUUAUUGACUAAUAUCUUGUGUUUUCGUUAUCAUACUUCUUUGUUUUUGGUUUCAGAUGACAUUUGUUGGUGUUUAUAAUAUAUUUUUUUAACAUAUAUUUCUUGACUCAAUGACCUUUUUUUAAAUCCUGUUAACAAAGUAUUUAAAGAAAGCUGAUAGCAGAAGUGAUGUGACAUGAUUUCAAUGCACAGCUGAAAGAAUGUAUAUGAUGAAAGACUUCCUUUUAGAGAAGUUCCAGAGAAGGAGCUUAUGCAACGAAGGAUGACCUUCUUUGAAGAGGUGACAGCUUUCUCAUCAAGCAACAUGUAUAGUGUGACUUUUAGAGUUUGCAAAUAAAAGAAGAGACAGUGUGAAAUUCAGAUGGAUAAAAAAACAACCAUGCCUUCAUAAUAUUUGUCUUGAUCGAUCUCUGGGAGUUUUGGAUGAAAUGGAUCGUAAAAUAAAAAUAUGCAAAACUGAGUUAUGGUGACUUGAAUGUAUUAUGUCGCUUUAGUGCCACCUGUUGGUGAACUGCCAUACAAGUUUACAGUCAAAACAAACUGUAAAGAGAUGGGUUGUGUACCAAUCCAUGUAGAUUAUGCAGUGGAAUAAGAAGUGUUCAAAUUGUGUUUUUUAAGUAAAAUAAACAGAACCACUCAGUAAAAA